CCGCUCGCUCCUCCCGCCGGGGCCGCGGCCGGCAGCUGCUCUCGGUGCGCGGCGGGAGCGAGCAGCGCCCUUGCCCGGGGAGGACCCGGGCGCUCCCCGCGCUGUCUGGCGGCCGGUGGCAGGGCCGGGAGCGGCCCGGUCAACCCCCCCCCUACGCCUCGGCUCUCCCCGGUAGGGAAGGGGCUGAGCGAGGCGGGGAGCAGCGCGCCCGGCAUCCUCCGCAUUGUAUGGGCACGGCGCGGAGGCGCGGCCGCGGGGCUCCCCCGAGCCGCCCGCCCCCCGCCGUGCGCUCGCUCCCUCCCUCCCCGCCGCCGCCGCUGUUCGCCGGGAGGCGCCGAGCCGAGGCGUGAGGGAUGCUUUUGUGUGCCAGGGGAGCGGCGGCGGCGAGCGGCGGAGCCAGCGACUGCGGGGCAGGUGGCCGCAGCCCUGCCGGCGGGGGAUGCUGAAUUAGGCGGCCGGAGCCCUUGCGAGCGCGGGGCCCGGCGGGGCUCGGCAGCCCGAUGGCGAGCAGCCGCAGCAUCGAGCUGGAGCACUUCGAGGAGCGGGACAAGAGGCAGCAGCGCGCCGGGCCCCGCCGCGGCGGCUCGGGCACGGGCUCGGGCUCGGGCGGGGGGCCGCGGGGUAACGGGCUGAUCCCCAGCCCCGCGCACAGCGCCCACUGCAGCCUCUACCGGACACGCACCCUGCAGGCGCUGAGCUCGGAGAAGAAAGCCCGCAAAGCCCGCUUCUACCGCAAUGGGGACAAGUACUUCAAGGGCUUGGUCUACGCCAUCUCCCCCGACCGCUUCCGCUCCUUCGACGCCCUCCUGGCCGAGCUCACCCGCUCCCUGUCGGACAACGUCAACCUGCCCCAGGGUGUCCGCACCAUCUACACCAUCGACGGCAGCAAGAAGCUCACCAGCCUGGACGAGCUGCUGGAAGGUGAAAGUUAUGUAUGUGCAUCCAAUGAACCAUAUCGCAAAGUUGAUUAUACCAAGAAUGUCAAUCCAAACUGGUGUGUGAACAUAAGGACUGGAUCUACUCGAUCCUUGACAUCUUUGACAUCCACAAAGAGUGAAGUGAAGGAGAGUAAAGAUUUCAUUAAACCCAAAUUGGUGACUGUUAUUAGGAGUGGAGUAAAACCACGAAAAGCUGUGAGAAUUCUGCUGAAUAAGAAGACUGCUCACUCCUUCGAACAAGUCUUGACUGACAUCACAGAAGCCAUUAAGUUAGAUUCGGGUGUAGUCAAGAGACUCUGUACGCUGGAUGGAAAGCAGGUGACAUGCUUGCAGGACUUCUUUGGAGAUGACGAUGUCUUCAUUGCAUGUGGACCUGAAAAAUAUCGAUAUGCUCAGGAUGACUUCGUCUUGGAUCACAGUGAAUGCCGUGUUAUGAAGUCGUCUUAUUCCCGAUCAUCUGGUAUGAGGUAUUCUGGAUCCAAAAGUCCAGGACCUUCACGUCGAAGCAAAUCACCUGCCUCAGUAAAGAGGGGUGGCCACUACUCCAGUGCAUAUUCUUCAGCAAAAUCCCCAGUUAAUGGAACUCCAAGCAGUCAAUUAUCCACCCCAAAAUCUACAAAGUCCUCCAGUUCUUCACCAACAAGCCCAGGCAGUUUUCGUGGACUCAAGAUCCCUCCACAUGGUGGAUCUUCUUCCAAUGUGAAUGGUAUACCUGAAUCACUCCGUUGCCAGAGUCCUGAAGGUGUGAAUGGAAACAAGUGCUCAGUGUCAUCCACCAUUCUAGAGAAGUAUAAAGUUGGAAAGGUGAUCGGUGAUGGCAAUUUUGCUGUUGUGAAGGAGUGCAUAGAACGAUCUACAGGAAAGGAGUUUGCGCUGAAGAUCAUCGACAAGGCUAAAUGCUGUGGAAAGGAACAUCUGAUUGAAAAUGAAGUAUCUAUUCUGCGUCAAGUGAAGCAUCCAAAUAUCAUUAUGCUGAUAGAAGAAAUGGACACCCCAACAGAACUCUAUCUGGUAAUGGAGUUGGUCAAGGGAGGAGACCUAUUUGAUGCUAUCACUUCUUCUACAAAAUACACAGAGCGAGAUGGGAGCGCAAUGGUCUACAAUCUAGCCAGUGCACUCAAAUACCUUCAUGGUCUCAACAUUGUGCACAGAGACAUCAAGCCAGAAAAUCUCCUGGUCUGUGAAUAUCCAGAUGGAACCAAGUCCUUGAAGCUAGGAGACUUUGGACUGGCAACUGUGGUUGAAGGACCUUUAUAUACCGUUUGUGGUACGCCCACAUAUGUGGCUCCAGAAAUCAUUGCAGAGACAGGAUAUGGCUUAAAGGUAGAUAUUUGGGCUGCAGGCGUGAUCACAUACAUACUGUUAUGUGGAUUUCCACCUUUUCGCAGUGAAAACAACCUUCAGGAAGACCUUUUUGAUCAGAUACUCGUUGGGAAGCUGGAAUUUCCUUCACCCUACUGGGAUAACAUCACUGAUUCAGCAAAGGAGUUAAUUAGCCUGAUGUUACACGUGAAUGCUGAAGCUCGAUAUACAGCUGCACAAAUCCUAAGCCAUCCCUGGGUGUCAGAUGAUGCUUCCCAGGAGAAUAAUAUGCAAGCUGAAGUAACAGGUAAACUGAAGCAGCACUUUAACAACACCCUUCCCAAGCAAAACAACACAUCUGCUGGGGUUUCUGUCAUCAUGAACACAGCUCUAGAUAAAGAGAGUCAGAUUUUCUGCAGCAAGCGCUGUCAGGACUCCGAUAGAGCUGGAACGGAGACAGCUUCUGCAAUUACUGCUGCAGCUGAUGAUCCUCGUGUGACUGGGUCCAAGACCCUCCUCCCUGCUGCUUCUGAGCCAGUCAGAUCCCCCUCGCUCCCCACCUCAGUGUCUCCUGAGUUUGCUGGGGAUCAGCCUGGUGUGUAGGACUGAUUAAAUCAAGUGCAACUGAAGCUCUCUGCACUCUUGCCACAGUUACUCUUCGUUUCAUAUGAUGGUUCGUUUCCAGUUUUCUUGCACCCUCCUGUGGCAAGCUCAGGGCAGGCUCUGCCAUGAGAGACUGAAAUUCUAACGGCGGGUGAACAAAUGUGGUCCUCUGAGUGCUCUUUGCCCUCGGUAUGGAGAACAUCAGUAGGGAGAAAGAUUCUGGUAAUGUUAGAUGAUUUUUAAGUUACCUGUGUUAGUUUAAUUUACUGCAUUCACACAGCCUUGGGCUCUGUAAGUAGACUAACUUAACUGUGUAGCUAACCAUAUUUUUAUAUAGGCAUUUGAGAUGAUGAACAGUUGCCAGGCUUCGCUUCUAGCAGCAGGCCCCAUUCAGUUCUUUUGAUGAGGAUUCUCAGAAAAGCAAGAGAGGAAGACAAGGGAAGAAAACUUACAUUCACCUUCUAUUCCGAUGCCUCUACUUUUAGUCAAGUUUCUACCAAACCUGAAGAGGCAUAUUUUCAUUAAAAAAAAAAAAAUAAAUUAGUGUACUAACUGUAAAAUAUCAUGAGGCAAACACUGGAGAUACAGGGAAAGAUGGUAAUUUUUGCAUAAAGUUUGUUUAGACUUGCAGGCUGCAGGGUAGUGUUUAGAUAAUGCGAACUUAAAUAAAGUGACUUGGGAUAUGAACAUGAGCACUGGACAUUUAUUUGUAAUGAAGACUGGAGUCAAGGAAGCCUUUUUGUUCAAGCUGUUUUCUAUCCUAAUCACAAACGUCACAUCCACACCUUUCUCCAGAGUCAGGCUACAAUAAAAUGACUUUGGAGCUGUGAACGGAGAGCCUGCUGCAUGUCAUCUAAGCUAGGAUGGAUGGAGCAGUUCCUAGUUCUAGGGCAAGCUGCUAGAGGAGCUACUACAAAUGGCCUCAAAACAAAGCUACCCACAAAAAGUAGCUGUCAGAGGUUUGUCAGUGCUAUCCCCCUAUUCACCUGGUGCAGGCACUGGAAACAAGGAUCGGGGAGCAGCUAUCCUUAAUCUGCAGUCACAGGUAGAUGAGGUUUUAUCUUUGCCAUACUGCUUAGUUCAAUAUUGUAUCUAUUCAGCUUAUUCUUUUCCUUUGCUCGUUCUUAUGAAUUGGUCAUAGAUCAUUUUCUUUCUUAGCUAUACUUUCUACUAGAAUUGUAAAAGAAAGACCUGCAAUAAACUUUCUAAAAUUAAAA